UGAAAAUGUUGGCAUCAAAUACGCAUUGAAUUUCGUUCUUUGCAAUGUAUGCAACACAUAUAGCAACUAUGACGAUGAUGAUGAUAAUGCUAGGGAAGUAAUGAUGGAUGCUAUUUUCGGCACUUAACACACCCAUAUUGCUGCUGAAUGAAUAAACUUAUAUAACCAGCAUAUACGAUUCUGAAGGAGAAGAAUUUUUUUUUUAUUCAUUCAUGCAUUCAUUCAUUCGCCAAAUUCGUUCGUUCAGCGAUGACCGAUAAAUUUAAUUUUUGAGUUUUUUUUUGUUGUUGUUGUUCUCCACCAACCAAUUGAAUAAUGGAAAUGGAACAAGAAAAACCUAAACCAGAGAAGCCAAAAGUUUCGGAAAAACCAAAAAUUCCACCGAAACCUAAAAAUUUAAACUUAAAUCCACAGCCUGAACAAUUGGAUUCACAACAACGAUCACCAUUCAGUCCAGUACAUAGUCCACCUUUGUCGCCAACUUUGGUACCGGAAGAGGUGAAAAUUUUAGAAACCGUCGAUGAUAUUCAAGAUCGUCGUGAUACAGUACUUGGCAAAUAUGUCCUAUUCAAAGCCGAUACUCAAGAUAAACGGAACAAACUUUUAGAUUCAAAACGUUUUCAAUAUUUUAAACGUGAUGCUGAUGAAUUGGAAGCAUGGAUCAUGGAGAAGCUACAAGUUGCUUCAGAAGAAUGGCACAAAGAUACGACAAAUCUUCAGAUCAAAAUCCAAAAACAUCAAGCUUUUGAAGCAGAAGUACAGGCACAUACAUCAGCCAUCGAAACAUUGGACCAGAAUGGCAAUCAAAUGAUACAGAGUCAACAUUUUGCCAGCGAUACAAUCAAGAAACGUUUGGAAGAAAUACACAAACUUUGGGACAUGCUGUUUAUGAAAAUUCAGCUUCGUGGUGUUCGUCUGAAUGAAGCUCUAAUUUUGUUACAAUUUUCAAAAAAAUGUGAUGAAAUUCUCUAUUGGAUUACGGACAAAGAAUCCCAGCUUGGAACUGACGGUAUUGAUGAUAUUGAUCAUAUUGAAGUUCAUACUCGUAAAUUUGAAGAUCUAGUCAAAGAUAUGAGCGGUGAAGAAUUUCGUAUAUUGGAAAUCAAUGACCAGGCAAAUAAGCUAAUUUCGAAUGGUCAUCCAGAUGCUGCAGUUAUCAGUAAAAAUAAACAACAGGUCAACGAUGCUUGGGAAAAUUUAAAGAACAUGGCAGCUAACCGUAAGGAUAAACUUGGUGCAGGUCAUGAAAUUCAUGAUUUCACACAGGAAACAUUGGAAACGCUUGGUUGGAUUACCGACAAAGAUCAGACUCUGGCCAAUGAUGAUUUAGGCAAAGAUUUAAUGAGCGUACAAGCGUUGCAACGUAAACAUGAAAAUUUUGAACGAGAUUUGGCCGCUCUAGGCGAUAAAGUUGAUAAUCAAAUCAAACAAGCAGAUAAAUUGUCGAAAAAACAUUCGCAUGGUAAUGAUCAUAUUGCUAGCAAAAAGGCCAAUUUAGAGAAUGCUUGGAAACAAUUGAAAGCAAAAUCGGAUGAACGCCGAAAACGUUUAGAUGAAGCAUAUCAGGUGCAAAAAUUUCUAUCCGAUUAUAAAGAUUUGAUACUUUGGAUUCAAUUAGUCAAAGAUAUGAUUAAUGCUGAAGAAUUGGCCAAAGAUGUUGCCGGUGCUGAAAUUCUACUCGAACGACAUCAAGAACAUAAGGGUGAAAUCGAUGCUCGUGAAGACAGUUUUCAAAUGACAGAAAACGAAGGUAAACAAUUGAUUGAAAAGGAAAUUAUGGUACCCGAAGUGAAAGAAAAACUGAAACAUUUGAAUGAUGAAAAAAUGGGUUUGGUCAUGUUAUGGGAAGAACGACGAAUUCUUUAUGAACAAUGUAUGGAUUUGCAAUUGUUCUAUCGUGACACUGAACAAGCCGAACAAUGGAUGAAUAAACAAGAUGUAUUCCUGGAGAACGAAGAUCUUGGCGAAUCGUUGGAUCAGGUGGAAUCGAUGAUCAAAAAACAUGACAAUUUUGAAAAAACAAUGAUAGCACAUCAGGAAAAGAUUAAUGCAUUGGAUGAAUUUGCGCAACGAUUAAUUGAAAAUAAUCAUUAUGCUUCGGAUGAUAUUGAACAACUACGACAAGCAUUUUUAUUACGACGUAAUGAUCUACUUGAACGAGCACGUCAACGUCGUCAUCUAUUGCAGGAUGCUUAUCGUUACCAUCAAUUUCUCAUUGAUUAUGAUGAUCAAAAAUUUUGGAUCGUUGAAAAAUUGAAAAUGUCAUUGGAUGAUACAUGGCGUGAUUUGACUAAUUUAAGUGGAAAGGUUAAACAGAUUGAAAAUUUUAAACAAGAAAUCGAAGCCAAUCAACCACGUAUCGAUGAAUUGAUCAGUAAAGGUGAAAAAUUAAUUAAUGAUCAACAUUAUGCAUCGGAUGAUAUUCGUAAUAAAACGCAUGAUAUCAAUAAAAUUUGGAAUGAUCUUAUCAAUGCUACUGAAAAUAAAGGUACCAAAUUGGAUGAUGCCGGAGAUGAACAGGCAUUUAAUCGAUCAGUAGAAGAUGUUGAAUUAUGGUUGAAUGAAAUCGAACGUCAAUUAGCCAUUGAAGAUAAGGGAAAAGAUUUGAAUUAUGUUCAGAAUUUGUUGAAAAAACAAUCGGCCAUUGAAUUGGAAGUGUCCGAUCGUCAAGAAACAGUUAAUAAUAUUAUUAACAAAGCCAACGAAUUGAUUGAUAAAAAUCAUUUCAAUAAAAAUCAGAUUGCAGCCAAAAAGAAUGGCCUAGUCAAACGUUUCAAUAAUAUCAAAAUACCGGUGAAAAAUCGUCGUCGUCGUUUGGUUGAUUCGGCCAAAACGCAACAAUUGUUUUGUGAUAUCGAUGAUCAAAUUGCAUGGAUCAAUGAAAAAGAACCGCUAGUUAAAUCAGCAAAUUGUGGCCGUGAUCUGAUGGGCGCACAAAAUUUGAACAAGAAACAUCAGGCCAUUCUUUCUGAGAUAAACAAUCACAAGCCAAGAAUUCAGGCCGUAAUUGAUCAAGCUGAACAAUUGGUCAAAGAUGGAUCGAUGCCUAAAUCUGGUAUAGAUCAAAUUAUUGAACGGAUUAAAAUCUUGAAAGAUAAAUGGAAUGAAUUACUGGAUCGUGCUAAUAAACGUCAAGAUGAUUUGGAUGAUGCCAUUUCAAUUCAUCAAUACUUUACGGAUGUGAAUGAAGCCGAAACAUGUUUGAAUGAAAAAGAGCCAUUAGCAAGUGAUCCAUCUAUUGGUUCUGCCAAAACAGAAGAUGCUAUUGAAGCAUUGUUGAAAAAACAUGAUGCACUUAUGGAUGAUAUUGAUGCAUUCAAAAAUACAAUCGAAGAUCUUCGUAAACGAGCAGAAGAUUUUAAACAACGAAAAGUACCGGUUCCGAUGGAAACUCGCAAAGAAGUGGUCGUAGCAUUAAUGGACUAUCAGGAGAAAUCUCCACGUGAAGUAUCAAUGAAAAAAGGUGACAUUUUGACAUUGUUAAAUGCUAAUAAUAAAGAUUGGUGGAAAGUUGAAAUCAAUGAUCGACAAGGUUUCGUACCGGCUGCUUAUUUACGUAAGACUGAAACGGCCAUACCUGCUGAUAAAGAUCAACAACGAACAUUGGAUCGAGAUUCGAUUCCACAACGGCAGAAACAAAUUGAAAAAAAAUAUGCCGACCUAUUGGAUCAUGGUCGUCGUAGAAAGAAUAAAUUAGAGGAUGCAUGUAAAGCAUUACAAACAGCUCGUAAAGCUAAUGAAUUAACACAAUGGAUCAAAGAUAAAGAACAGAUUGCUACAAUCGAAGUUAUUGAUGAGAAACUUGAUGAUUUGGAACAAGUGGAAAUGAUGCAGAAGAAAUUUGAUGAUUUUUUCGAUGAACUUAAACAGAAUGAAGUUCAAUUGGCCGAAAUGAAGGAUGUGGCCGAUAAGCUAAGGAAUCAAGGUGAUAAAGAAGCGGCAGCCAAAAUUGAUCAACAAGUGAAUCAAUUGAAUAACAAAUGGAAUGAAUUGCAACAAAUUUCAGCAAAAAAGGCACAACAAUUAGAAAGUGCAAAUGAAGUACAACGAUUCAAUCGUGAUAUUGAUGAAACAAUUGAUUGGAUUAAAGAGAAAGAAGAUGCUCUGAAGGAUUUGGACAAUAUCAAUGAAGAUGAUAUUAAAUCGGUGGAAAAAUUAAAACGAAAAUAUGAUGGUCUUGAACGGGAUUUGGCGGCAUUGAAUGAUAAGAUCAAACGAAUGAAAGAAACUUCUUCGCGUUUGGCUAACAAUCGACCAGAACAAGCUGAUCAAACAAAACAUAAACAACAAACAGUGAAUAAAGAUUGGGAUAAACUUCUUGGACAGGCACAGAAACGUAAAAAGAAGAUAAUUAAUUUAUAUGAUCUACAAAGAUUCCGUGAAAUGUUCAAUGAUCUUGUACAAUGGAUUAUGUCUAUGUUGAGUCGAUUACAAGAUCAUAAAGCUCAUGAAGCCAAUGAUCCGAUUGAAGCGGAAGCUUUGUUGGAACAACAUCAAGAAAAGGUCAAAGAAAUCGAAGCCAAUUCAACGCCGUUUAAUAAUUUCGAAAAAUUUGGACAAAAAUUGAUUGAACAAAAUCAUUAUGCAACGCCUGAAAUUCAGAAUAAAUUAGAUGAUAUGAAAGUCAAACGGCAGAAAUUGAAAGAUGAAGGAAAGAAACAGAAAAAAUUUCUGGAACAAGUGUUGGAAUAUUUGAAUUUUAAAAAAGAAUGUGAACAAGCUGAUAAUUGGAUGGCUAAACGAGAACAAUUUUUGGAAUCACCACACGAUGAUGAUGAUAAUGUUGAAGCAAUGAUCAAACGUCAUGAAGAUCUUGGAAAAGCCAUCGAUAAUCAGGAACAGAAAAUCGCUACCAUUGCCAAUUUUGGUGAUCAAUUAAUCAAAAAUGAUAAUUUUAAUUCGGAUCCGAUACAGAACAAAAUCAAUGAACUAUUGAAACAUUGGAAAGAAUUGAAAAAUAAAUUAGUGGAUAAAAAAUCACAGCUUGGUGAAUCACAAUCAUUACAACAAUUUUCUCGUGAUGCUGACGAAAUUGAAUUGUUGAUCAAUGAAAAACUGCAAACAGCAUUGGAUGAAUCACCCUAUCGUGAUCUGGCAAAUAUUGAAUCCAAAAAUCAAAAACAACAAUCAUUCGAAGCUGAAUUACGUGCCAAUGAAGCACGAAUUCGACAAAUGUUAGAUGAUGGUAAAAAAUUGAUUGAAAAACAAAAAUGUGCAGGAAAUGAAGAUGCUGUCAAACAACGAUUGGAUGCCGUUACUGAACAAUGGAAAUUUUUAAUCGAACGAACCAAAUUGAAAACAUUUAAAUUACGUGAAGCUAACAAAGGUAGAGAUUUCAAUGCUGCCAUCAAAGAUUUAGAUUUUUGGCUAAAUGAAAUGGAAGGUUUGCUGAAAAAUGAAGAAACUGGUAAAGAUUUAGCUUCCGUACAGAAUAUGAUUAAAAAACAACAGAAUCUUGAUGCUGAUAUUGCUGCUAGAGAUGAAAAGAUAAAAAAGAUGAAUAAUUUGGCCGAUUCAUUGAUGGAAUCAGAUCAAGGUGAUAAACAGGCAUUACAAGAUAAACGUUCAUCAGUGAAUGAACGUUAUGAACGUUUGAAAAAUCUAUCCGCUUAUCGUAAUGAUAAACUUGAUGAUGCAUUGACUACAUAUCGUUUCUUCAAAGAUAUCAACGAUCAAAAUAGUUGGAUUAACGAGAAGAAAUUAUUACAGGAUUCGGAUGAUUUUGGUAAAGAUUUGAUUGGUGUGAAUAAUUUACGAAAAAAACAAAAACGUUUAGAAGCAGAUGUUUUGACACAUGAACCAUUGAUUAGAAAUAUCAUUGCAACUGGACAGAAACUAAUGGCCGAAACUACAUCACCGAAUGCACCAGAAACUGAACAAAAAUUGGAAAAAUUAGAAAAUAAUUGGCAAGAUUUGAAACAAAAAUUACAGGAUCGUGCCGAUAAACUGGAAGAGGCAUUGAUUUUUCAACAAUUUAUGACCGAUGUUGAAGAAGAAGAAUCCUGGAUCACAGAGAAAUAUAAAUUACUUUGUGAUCCAAAUUGUGGUGAUUCGAUUGCAGCGGCACAAGGAUUGUUGAAAAAACAUGAAAUAUUUGAAAAAGAUUUUCAAAACCAUAUGAAUCGAUACAAAGAUAUUACAUUGACUGGACGUGGUCUUAUUAAUGAAGGCAAUUUUUGUUCACCAAAAGUUGAACAGAAAUUGGAUCAACUACAUGAUAAACUUAAUAAUCUGCAAAAAUUGGCCGAAAAACGAAAACAAAAAUUGAUUGAUAAUUUUGAUUAUCUACGAUUCUUGUGGAAAGCUGAUGUUGUUGAAAAUUGGAUCGCCAACAAAGAACAACGUUUAAAGAAUGAUGAAAUUGGCCGAGAUCUUUCGGCAGUUUCGGCUUCAUUAUCGAAACAAAACAAUUUUGACAAUAGUCUACAAGCAUUCGAACAGGAAAGUUUGAAAAGUUUAACAUUAUUCAAGAAUGCAUUAGUAUCGCCUGGUCGUGAUCAUGUUAAACGUGAUGACAUUAACAAACGAUAUGAAUGCCUAAUGGAUCGUUGGAAAAAUCUUCACACAUUGGCACAACAACGACGAGAACGAUUAUUGAAUGUUCAAAAUCAAUACAAAGAAAUUGAGGAUUUAUUCCUGUCAUUUGCAAAAAAAGCAUCAGCUUUUAAUUCAUGGUUCGAAAAUGCCGAAGAAGAUUUGACCGAUCCGUUUGUACAGGUUCGUUGUAAUUCAUUGGAAGAGAUGCAAACAUUGACGAAAAAUCAUCAAAAUUUUAUUGAUUCAUUAUCACAAGCACAUAAUGAUUAUCAAACAUUAUUGGAUUUAGAUAGGCAAAUUAAAGCCUAUAAAUUAGGACCGAAUCCAUAUACAUGGUUCACUAUUGAAGCCAUUAAUGAUACAUGGCGUAAUCUACAGAAAAUUGUACUUGAACGUAAUAAAGAAUUGGAAAAAGAAUAUCAAAGACAAGUGGAAAAUGAUAAAUUACGAAAAGAAUUUGCUUUGAUUGCCGAUAAAUUUCAUCAAUGGCUUUCAUAUAUCAGAGUUGCAUUGAUGGAUGCGCAAGGAACAUUGGAAGAACAAUUAAAAUCAGCACAACAAAAAGCUGAAGAAAUAAUGAAAAAACGUGAAGAUCUGAAAAAGAUUGAAGGAUUAACGGCAACACUUGAAGAGCGAUUAAUUUUGGACAAUAAAUACACUAAUCAUAGUGCAUUAAGUCUGGCACAACAAUGGGAUCAAAUCAAUCAAUUAGCAAUGCGUAUGCAAAAUAAUCUGAAACAACAAAUUCAAGCGAAAAAUCAAUCAGGUGUCAGUGAAGAAAGUUUACGUGAAUUUACAAUGAUGUUCAAACAUUUUGAUAAGGAACGUGUGGGCAAAUUGAAUCAUAAAGAUUUUAAAUCUUGUAUGCGUGCAUUAGGCUAUGAUCUACCGUUGAUGGAUGAAGGUGAACAGGAUUCUGAAUUUGAUGAAAUACUUGAUGAAGUUGAUCCAUAUCGUAGUGGCCACGUUUUUCUACAUGAUUUCAUUGCCUUUAUGAUUAGCAAAGAAACGGAAAAUAUUUCCACACAGGAAGAAAUGUAUAAUGCAUUCAGAUAUAUUGCCAAUGAUCGGCCAUAUGUUACAUUGGAAGAGAUUCAAGCGAAUAUACCAUGGGAUAAAGUGGACUAUUGUAUUAAACAUAUGAAACCAUAUGUUGAUCCAAAAACGAAUCGUGAAAUCAAAAAUGCCUAUGAUUAUGAGGCAUUCAUUCAACGAUUAUUUAGCUGAAAAGCAGAUUACUUUUUUUCAAGUCGGUGUUUC